UACGUUCUGUUACGAACUGAAACUACCGCCAUUUGUGGUGUGUCAUCACUACAAACAUCGAUAACUACUAAUCGGCGGUAACGACAAUGUAACGGUUUUCUUGAGCACUGCAAUCUGACUGUUCGCGAUUUCUUAAAUAAUUUCAAUGGCAAGGCGUGUUAAGUUCCAGCGAUUGGUAGAGAUGCGUCCCACAAUGACCCGUUUCUCCACCAUUGCCCUGAUUGUGUCAAAAUCUUCGCCGAACGUCUUCUACGACAAGAUGAGUGGCACCGAACGAGGGGUGCUCACCUUGACCAUCCGAGAUUCCCCCAAUCACCUGACCAAUUGCAAGUGCUGGGGCCAGAGGGCCUGUGUGGAUGAGUACGCUGCCAUGCUGCAGAUCGGCCAUGUGGUGGACAUUGUGGGCGCCAAAGUGAUGUCCAUACCAUUUGCUGUUCCGGGAGAACAGCGUUAUCAGCCCCAAGCGACGGUCUCCUGCGCCCUGGUGGUCAACGAAGGAUCCGGCUAUGUGGUGCGCCACAACAACGACGACUCUGACCAAAUAGCAAUUCUCCAGCAGUUACUCCAGCAGCCCAUAAGGCCACUUGGCGCGGUACUUAAGCUGGCGGAUGUGCGUUCCGGCUUGGGAUCCCCCGAUAAAAUAAUCACCACCAAUGUGAAUCUACUGGUAGUAGUGGCUGCAGUGCGUCCAGUGCGUCAGAUUAAGCGAAAGCUGCAGGCGCCACUAAGUGAGGUUCAGGAGCUGCUGCAGUGCUUGGAGGUAAUCGUGAUCGAUGCAAGCUAUCCGGAGGGCAUGCUGCUCUCCGUUUGGCAACCCGACUGGAUACAACGGGCCCAGCUAUGGCAGCCACGUCGCACUGUCCUUCAUUUGAUCGACGUGCGUGUUUCCUACUCGAACUUUCAUUGUUCUCCCGUGCUCUCUCAUUCCAAUUGCACACUUAUUUGCGAAAAUCCUCAGGCGGCUGGAGAUGAUUGCCGCCUCUUGCUAGCUUUCGCCGCCACUGUGCCUCUGACAUCUUUUAGUGGCUGUGAUCAGGCAGAGCUGGACAACGUGCCUGCAGUUGCCAGCAUUCAGGCGCAGAUGACGGUUAGACAGAUAUAUUCACGCGCCGAGGGCGAACUACAGGAUCCGUCCAUAGAUCAGUUUACUGCAGUGCUGUAUGGGAUGGUCACCAAGUUCGACUUGGAUGGAUUGACCUCCCACAUCAACAGGAAGUGCACUGCCUGUCAACGACAUAUACCACGGAACCUGCAAGAUUGCGCCUCGGACGCCUGCCAGGAGUAUUUUUUACUGGGCAAUGAUGAACAACGAACAAUUACCUACUUUAAUAUCAACAUUCAUUUAUCCGACCAGACCGGCACUCUCGUCGAAGCCCGGUUAGCUGGGCAUCCAGCAGAACGUAUCCUGGGACUUCGGGCAGAAGACUUCGAGCGACUGGCGGAGCGCGAGAAAAGCGAGCUAAAGUGGCGCUUUCUGCUGAAAUACUUCGAGGUAAGAUUGAUGAUCAAAAAGCCGGUGGGAUUGCGCAAUCAUCUCGUCGUUGUGGUCGUCGACAUGCAAGCCAUUCCCCUGAAAAAGCUUGUUGCAAAUAUGGCUGUUUUCUAAGUGUAUGUGGUGGUCCCAUUCAAAUACUGGUGAACAUCUACAUAAAUAGCGAUCUUUAUUUCGCAUUUUCACAUAAAAGUGUACAACUGCAAUACAUAAAUAGAUUGAAAGCGCCUCGAAACUCUGAAUGUGGGUCCUAAGUGGGAUACGUUUGGCUCAUUGGGAUGAAUCGUCUAAGUGUCAUUUUGCCUAGUGCUACAGAAGGUGCCGGUGUCUUUGGGUAGUGGUGGUGGUGGUGGUGGUGUUGGGUGGGUGUCUCUACGGGGCGUUUCAGGUCCACAAAACUGAUUUCUAAAUUUUCUAAUUUCGAAUAGUGUGUUUUAACAUGGUAUCAAAAUGCAGUUGAAUUACCACAAAUGCUUUAGGAUUAAUGCUUCUUUAAAGUCCUGACUUGCGACUGUUUUAUUGUGUUAUCAAACGUUCGGUUUGUUAAGACAGCCUCUAGCAACGCUUAGUCUUUAAGAUUAUUUGAUACCAUUACCAAUUUUGGUCAGUUAGGAAAUUUCAAAUACAAUUUUUAAUUGAUGGUUAUCGGUGCGCAACAAUUAAAUAAUUUUGAUACAAUGUGUGUCAAUACGAAAGUAAACUAUAAACCAUAAAUUACAAAAAUGAGAGCUUUACUUUGAAGUAUCACCUGAUAAAAUUAAAAUAAAUUAGGUUCAUUAAAGAAAGUAAGGAAAGUUGUGACCUCUAGUUGCCUUAUGGCCAUGGAACGCACUGUUUGGGACGCCUAUUGCCUCACCUGUUGUGUUUCUAUAAUAUUUUUGUGGGGAGGAUGGAUCUACAGCUGGCGCGGCAUGGGAAUCACAAGCACCGACUCACCGGCAGCUGCAGACGCAACUUUGGGCUCAAUAUCUGCUACUAAACUAUAAUUAAAAUCAAUCCAAACUGACUGUCAAAUUUUACUAUACGAGUAUAUAAACAACGAUUUGGUACAACGCUUAAUACUGACCUAUGUACAGACAUAUACACAUAACAAACAAAUCUGGCUACAGGAAGUGAUGGACGAACGAAUCAACAAGGACUGAAUUCAAAUGGAUUGUAAGUCUGCAUUUGUACAGGGAAUGAUACUGGUACUACUGAGUUGUGUUGUGUUCUACAUAACUAUUCUUUGUAAUCCCUUUCCUCGGCUUAAUCAACAAUAUCCACCGUUUAGAAAGAGGGAGAGCAUUAAACAUCGAACGUAAAAUCAAACGAAACAUAACAUUAA